AGUCAGUCCACCAAAAAACCUCAAAAGUUGAAAAACUUUCCCGCAAAAUAAAGGAGAAGACUCGGCAGAAAAAUCUCCCGGGAAAAUUCACCAGUCUGCUCUUAUCUUGCCACUCCGACGAGAAAAUCGGGCGGGUUUCCAACUUUCAAAUCUCAAUCAAUGGCGGCGUCCAGAGAGGUCUCGGCAAUGAUAAGACAAGGCUUCAUUUCCGAUCCGGCGUUUUCGUCUUUCUCUCCCUCCAGGACGCCGGCCGCCACCGCAGCCGUACUGGCUAGGGUUUUGGGCUCCCCGAACUCCAAGACCCUACUCUCUCCGCCGCCCAGCUUCACCACCACAAAUUCUCCACCGACGGCGCAACCACAACCACCACCAACAACAACAACAAGCAGUUCACACAACGCGGCGGGUGCGCGGCCGAGUCAGCACCCGACGCUGUUCCAGAUGAUGUCGGAGGAGCAGGCGCUGGAGCAGUUCCGGCAGAAGUCGCAAUCGAAAGUCUCCAAGAUACUCAGGGAGUUCGAGAGCUUCAAUGGGUUCGGAAUGGGGAUGGGGGAUGUGAGGCUGACGGUGGUCGGGAGAGAAGGGUAUAAGGUCUCCAUCGAUGUGCACAAGAAGGUUCUGAUGGAGAAGAGCGUCUUUUUCAGGGAGAAUCUGAAAGGAAAGGAGAAAGGGGCCAUGCAUUCCGUUGAGAUUAGCGAGUGCGAUGAUGUGGAGAUUUACUUGGAAGCUUUGGUCUUCAUGUACUGUGAUGACCUCAAGAAGAGAUUGGUAGGGGUGGGAGUCUCCAAGGCCUUGGCUCUGCUCAAGGUUUGUGCGGCCAUAAAGUUUGAGGCGGGAAUUGCAUCAUGCCUGGAGUAUCUGGAAGCUGUUCCUUGGUCAGAGGACGAAGAAGAAAAGGUCAUAUCAGAUCUUUCUGAGCUCGACCUAAUCGAUUCGGCCACUGAAUCUCUUCUCCAGAGAGUGUCAUCAUCUGAACCAUCUACUUCCGCCACAGCAGCAGCUGAUGACAUCUUCUCAAAACUGCUCAAUGGCGUCCUCCAAUCGAAGGACGAGAAAGCUCGUAGAGAAAUGAAAGCUCUUCUCUCCCGAUUAUUUCGAGAAGAUUCGUCAUCAUCAUCUGAUCACGACCAUACUAAUAACAAACUAGAUGUUUCCAAAGACGCACUCUACUCUCUCUGCCAGCAGUGCAUCACCUGUCUGACUCUAACCUUAUCCGAAGUCGCAUGUGUUGAUGAUAACAUUAGCCGGAAUCACGACCGAGGGGGUAUAAUGAGUGAAAUAGCUCGAGAAGCAGAGAACUUGCAGUGGAUUGUUGAAAUUCUGAUUGGUAAGAAGUUGGGAGACGACUUUGUGCAGUUAUGGGCAGACCAGAAGGAACUAGCAUCACUUCAUUCGAAGAUUCCAACAAUGUAUCGACACGAGAUCAGCAAGGUGACAGCACAGUUGUGCAUUGCAAUUGGAAGAGGACAGAUUUUGGUGCAGAAGGAGACUCGGUUUGGGUUGCUAUCCACUUGGCUGGAAGCUCUUUACGAGGACUUCGGGUGGAUGAGAAGGGCGUCGAGGAGUGUAGACAAGAAGCUGGUGGAAGAUGGUCUCAGCCAGACGAUACUUACCCUACCAUUGCUGCAACAGCAGGGGAUACUGAUAAAUUGGUUCGACCGGUUUCUGAAUAAGGGUGACGACUGCCCAAACCUUCAGAGAGCGUUUGAGAUCUGGUGGAGAAGAGCCUUUGUAAGGCAGUAUGCGUGCGAGAGGGAUGAUUCCGAACUGCAGAUCACUGUUAGUGAUUAUCCAAACUGAAGGUUGAGAAUGUGGAACGAAUCUUUGUGCAUAAUGUAAUGAAAGUCGAUAGAUUGGUUUUGGCAAAUUCAUAGCAGCGAUUAAUUUUGUUAUCUUCAAUGCUGGUGUAUAUGUGUUGCUCGUCUCGUGUUCUAAACUUCUAAUCAUAUAUUUUUUUGAGUGACCUUGCUAAC